UUCCACGUUGCAACACCUGUAGCAGCGUACGACCUGAGGAAAGUGGAGCUGACCCCUCUGGAACAGAGGAAACUGACUUUUGACUCUCAUGCCAUGGUCAUUGAGCUGGAGAGCAAUGGUGGGUGCAUCAUUUUGGACUUGAUCUGUAAUUCUGCUUCUGUGUUGCCUUUUCUGAACCCUAUUCUGAAAUGUAAGUCACAUCCAGACCAGGAUAGGCAAAUAAAGUGAUAAUUGAUCCACAGUGUAAUAAAGAAACUGGACACGGUUGUAAUGCUGAUUAUCAAAUAUUUUUAACGAUUUCGUUAUUUUCAGGCUUUGAAAAGCGUCAAGCGGAAAUCAUAGUAGCAGCUCUGGUGACUCUGACAACAGCCAACAUGGACAUAGUGUACAAAGACAUGGUGACUGGAGCACACCAGGUACCACACACAUACCACACUCACAGCAGCCCACUUGCUACCCAAGCUAAAGAAGACCAAGCUAUCAUUUAUACUUGUGACUGCUGGUAUGUGUGACAGAGUGUGCUUCAGUUACACCCAUGGAAUUGCAAUACUCUGAACCUUCACCCCAACAUUACACCAUCUUUCAACCACUCUCUUGUAGGUUGUUCUGUUGUCAGACACCCCCUGUUGUAAGACACCCCCCCCGCCCCCCCUCUCUCUCUCUCUCUCUCUCUCCUGUGUCUCUUGUUUAGGAGAUUGCGCUGCAGCAGAUCAUGGCUCACCUGGACUCCAUCAGGAAAGACAUGGUGAUCCUGGAGAAGAGUGAGUUUGCCAACCUGCGCUCUGAGAACGCUGUACGUACAUAAACCCCUUCCUCCUCCACAAUCACUGCCUGUCUGUCUCUAGUGAUCUCAAAAGUGCACUAGGGAUCUGUAAUUAUGAUAACAAUAAUAUAUGUAUUCUACAUAAACCUGUGUAUGUCUCUCUGCAGAAAAUGAAGACCGAGUUGGAUCAGAUAAGGAACAGGCUGAUGGUGAGAAGUGGUGACGUAGAGAUCCUAAAAAAAUACUACUAUAUUAUUACUGUAUGUUCUAUAUGUAAUUCUAUGAGUUAUCAUUUCAUCUGUUUAUUGUUAGACUAUAACUUAUGAAUCAUGUGAUUAUUUAUCAGUAACCUAUGUGGUGCUAUCAGAUAGCUCAGUGGUUUCUCACUCAGUACGUUAUGGGACUUGUAUGGGUGCAUCCCAAAUGGCGCCCUAUUCCCUACAUAGUGCACUGCUUUUGGGCCCUGGUCAAAAGUAGUGCACUAUAAAGAGAAUAAGAUGCCAUUUGGGAUACAAACUAUAACUUGUGUUUCCUGUUUUGACUUCAGGAAGAGAGUAAGAAGAUCAGAGCUGAGGCCAAGCUGGACAUCAACCUGGAGAGGAGCAGGGUCACUGACAUGGUGAGACCUUGAAUUGAAUUGACAUUCUGCCACAUGCUUUCUCUCUUUCUCACUGGGCAUCUGUCUCUUUGUUUCUCUAUCAGUUCACUGAGCAGGAGAAGAAACUUAUGGAGAACAGCACAGAGUUCCACAGGAAGGUAUGAUAUAAACUUCCUAAUCAUAAUGCCAUCUUGUCCAUGAUGAUAUUUCUACACUCCCACCACAUAGGUUGUAACAGCUGCAUUUCUUAAUGGGGCGGAUUCCCAGGAAACAGAUUAAGCCUUUUCCAUUGAAUGCUUUCUAGUCCAGGACAAAGCUUAAACCAUGUCUGGGAAACCGGCCAUAUGAUUAUAGUAAUAGGAUUCCCUGUGUUAAUGUUCUCCUCAGAACGCAGUCAUCGACCACGAAACAAUGGAGACGACUAAAAAGAUUGAUCUAGAGGUGGCCUCUUUGAAAACUCUCCUGGAGUCGCUGAAGCUGGAGACCAUCCGCUACCUUGCAGGUACUGUGCGUGUGCGUUUGUAUGUCAAAUCAAAUCAAAUGUUAUUUGUCACAUGCUUCGUAGGCAACAGGUCUAGACAAACAGUGAAAUGCUUACUUACGGGUCCUUUUCCAACGAUGCAGAGUUAAAGGUGUAUGUGUUUGUUUGUUGACAUAUUUCUGUAUAUUCAACAAUUCUUUGAAAUAUAGUAUGCAUUUAAGUGGGAUCUGCUUUUCUUUUUGGUAGCGUCCGUUUUCGCCUGCCUAGCGAUUGCCUUGGGAUUUUACCGACUUUGGAAGUGACCAUCUCUGCUGUGGGGGUU